UGUGAUUGUAUAUAAGACACACUCGUUUUUUUCCUUAAUUUCCUUUCGCUUUACUUUCGUUUUCUUUGCGCCUUCUUGUUUUGCUGCUCCGCAUGUUUGUUGUUGCUGCUGCACGCGCUUCUUCUGCCGGCGCAACUAAUUCGAUUUAUUUAUAAAACGUAGAUUUAUACAUGUUUAAAUAUUCUACGCUAAACAAAUGCAAAAUAAAAGCAUCUAUCUAUUCGCGUGUGUGUGUGUUGUGUGUAUGUGUGACCUUCGUGCAAUUUUCCAAUUAGGAAAGGGGACGAGGAUGAUGAGGCGGCAGGGGAGAAGAAGGAAGCCGAGGAGCGAGGUCCUGCGAUAAUGCAAUCAGAUCGCCUGUGCAUGUGUGUGCAUUUUGUCACAAGAGCGGCGGAGGCGGCGGCAGAGAGAAAAAGAGUGAAAAACAAACCAAAAGACACGGCAAAUCAGUCUAGUCAACAAAAGCAGACCAAAUGAGCACGCACUUCGGGACUAACGAGCAGCACAAACUAAGCCAAAAAUAAAGCUAAAGAUAAAAGAGAGGCAGAAGACAUCGCUCACACACACGCACACACUAGCACAAGCCAUUACACUGAGCGAAAUCGCAUCGGAAAUCGGCUUCAAGAUGCGGGUGGUUGCCAUGGUCAGUGGCGGCAAGGACAGCUGCUACAACAUGAUGCAGUGCGUCGCCGAGGGCCACGAAAUCGUCGCCCUGGCCAAUCUGCAUCCCAAGGACAGAGACGAACUGGACAGCUUCAUGUACCAGACGGUCGGCCACAUGGGCAUCGAGAUUCUGGCCAGCGCCAUGGGAUUGCCACUGUACCGGCAGGAAACCAAGGGCAAGAGCACCCAGACCGGCAAGCAGUACGUGCCCACCGAUGACGACGAGGUCGAGGAUCUGUACAGCCUGCUGGAGACAUGCAAGCACGAACUGCAGGUGGAUGCGGUGGCCGUGGGCGCCAUCCUGUCGGAUUACCAACGCGUCCGUGUGGAGAACGUGUGCAGCCGCCUGAACCUGAUAUCCCUGGCCUAUCUGUGGAGGAGAGAUCAGACUGAAUUGCUGCAGGAGAUGAUCGACUGCCAGGUGCACGCCAUCAUCAUUAAGGUGGCUGCCCUGGGCCUCGUGCCGGAUCGUCACCUGGGCAAGUCGCUGCGCGAGAUGCAGCCGCACCUGCUGAAGAUGCGCGACAAGUAUGGACUGAAUGUGUGCGGCGAGGGUGGCGAGUAUGAGACAUUCACCUUGGACUGCCCGCUCUUCCGGCAGCGCAUCGUUGUCGAGGACAUCCAGACGAUCAUCAGCAGUGCCGAUCCCAUCUGCCCCGUGGGCUACAUCAAUUUCACCAAACUGACGCUGCAGCCAAAGGAGGCGGCGGGGGCGUCCAGCAGUGGCGGCAAUGAGGUGGUGUUCGUGAAGCGUUCACUCGACUAUAUAAGCGAUCUGAACGAAUCGACGUACAGUGACCUCAGCGAUCCGGAUUUCAGCGAAACGGAGCUGGAACUGAUCGAAAAGGAGACCAGGCUGCGCGAAUCGCUUAGCCAAAGUGAGCUGAUAUCGCGCAGCAACUCCUUUGGCCGCCAUCUGGCCGCCACCGCCUCCUCGCCGAUACCCAUUGUCACGAAGAGCGCCAGCGUCGACGAGCCCACAGCGGCGGCGGCGCCGAUUCUGGGCGGAGUUGGAGGACCGCCAAUCUGUUCCACCUCAGCCUGUGCGUCUAUGCUGCUGACCACCACCGCCGAUGGCCUGAGCAGCCUGGCGAGCUCACAGAGCCAGGGCGGUGGUCAUGGGCUCGGCAGCAGCACGGCCGCCGUGUGCGGCUCGCUGUCGCUGGCCAUCUCCUCGCUUGGGCUCAGCGCCAAUACCUGCUGUCAUCCGGGAGGAGCUGGAGGAGGAGUCGGAAUAGGAGUAGGAGUAGGAGCACCUUCGGCCACCACACAACCGCCCAGUCCGCUGAAGUACGAGCGGGAAUUCCGUCCACUGGCCAACGAGGCCAGAGCGGCCAUCAAUGCCAAGGGCUGGAUGUGGCUGGCGGGCAUACAGGGCUCCGGAACGGAGGGCAUUGAGCAGGGCAUGCAGCAGGCAUUGGACACGCUGCGCGAUAUGUGCCAGGCCAAGGGCUACGAUCUGCAGGAUCUGUGCUACGUCACGCUCUACGUCCGUUCGAUCGGCGAGUAUCCGACGCUGAAUCGUGUCUACCAUCGCACCUUCGACUUUCAUAAUCCGCCGACGCGCGUCUGCGUCGAGUGCCCGCUGCCCGAUGGCUGCCAUGUGGUGAUGGAGGCCAUUGCCUACCGCCAACCGGUGGCCGGAACGAUAUCCAGUGCCGAGGAGCGUGAUCGCGAGGGCGAGGAGACUGCGGCGGCGCUGCUCAACGGGCGCCGGAACACGAUGCAUGUGCAGGGCAUCUCGCACUGGGCGCCGGCCAACAUUGGUCCAUAUAGCCAGUCCACUAGAAUUGGCGACAUUACGUACAUCUCCGGUCAGAUCGCCCUGGUACCCGGCAGCAUGACAAUCAUCGAGGGCGGCAUCCGUCCGCAGUGCAAGCUCACGUUGCGCCACAUCAGCCGCAUUGCCAAGGCGAUGAACGCCCACGGUCAGCUGCGUGAUGUGGUGCACGGCAUCUGCUUUGUGACCCAUCCAGCCUUCAUUGGCGAGGCGCGUCGCCAGUGGGAGCGUCGCACCACCAAUGCCAUCAUGGACUAUAUAGUGCUGCCGGCACUGCCGCGUGAGGCGCUGGUGGAAUGGCAGGUGUGGGCGCACACCCACAACGAUCGUUUCGACUAUGAGGAGACUGGCUGUUCGGUGGGCGAUUACACCAUCUCGAUACGUCGUCGCUGGAACUACGAGAACAAUUGCGCGGCCAUCGUUUGCUAUGUGUCCACUGGCCUGGCCUCGUCCACCACCCAACUGACGCAGCUGAGCGAUGAUAUACUAGGGAACCACUGCCGCCUGGCGCAGGCGGUUAGUGCCGAGCACCUGGACGAAAUUCUCACGUAUGUGGUUAAUCGUCUGCUAAAGGACUAUCCGCUGGCCAAGAAGCAGGCGCAGCCACCGACCAAUUCGGGAACUCCACCUGCCACGCCCACGCAACCGGGCGGUGCUGGCGGAGAUCAGCACCAGCCAGUGCCGGCGAUCCAUCUGAAAUUGUUCUACCAAGUGAAUGCCGCACCGGCAACGGAUCUGCUACUUCAGGCGCUGCACGAUUUCCGUCUCAAGUGCCAGGAUACGGCCGCCAUUGUCUACACAGUGCUGCCCGCCUGCAGCCUGCACAACUUCAGUACGUUCCUGUCCAUUUGCGGAGUGAGGCACGAGUAGGGGCCCCACGCAGAAAGUUGAACGAUGAUGAUGAGAAGGAUAAUAUAGAAAAAAAUGAUGAAACAAUUUGCUGCCACCGCACCAAGCAGAACACAGAAUAUAUAUAUAUACCACUAUAUAUACGCAGACAUAUGUAGAAUGGGUCUUUAUUUCGUUUGACAAAGAAUCGCAAUGGCAGAGGGUAAUCUUUGGAUAACUCCGAACCAGUUGGCUUUUAUAUGAUGUGGGUCAUAAAAUACUACAUUUCUUUCGAAAAGCUUCCAUGUACCAUCUACAUUUCGACUUUUUAAAUGAUCAAGAAUCUGUCUGUUGUAAAUAAUUGAUGCCAACUGCCAAGUAUUGUCCACAGAUUACUCCAUUGUUCCAAACUUUUUCAGUAACAUCUGCUUGCCCUUUGUUGAUAUUGUUAACUAGCAGGCGAUUCUAAGAUCGUAAAGAUGCCGUAGAGCCAGCAUGCUGUAUCCAUAGAAUAAAUCACUUCGUGUCGCAGUUUCGGACCAAACUCUCUCACAAAAUGGUAAAACAGAAAUACCUAGUACACACUCUAAACGGAUCUAUGCAACAUAAGUGUUUCAGCAACUCGCGAUGGAAAACCAAGCAUACAAAUUCAAUUUAAAGCAACUUUAUAUAUUAUAUACGAAGAAAGCAAACCAUUUUUGUGCACUCUAUUGCCGAAAAAAACAGAAGAAAACUGUAACUAUACUCUUAUACAAACUAUUAACUAUUAAUCGUUUUUCGAUGUGCUUUUCUUUAUGCUCAGACUUUUUAUAUAUAUGUAUAUAUAUAUAUAUAUAUAUAUAUGGGUGUGUAAACAUAUACAUCUUAGCGAUUUCAGUUCACUUUUCAAAUAGCCACAAACUUUUGACCAAAACAAAACAAAAAACACUGAAAAAAACGACAGCAUUGUAAAGCAAUUAAUGUUUAUAUGUCGUUAAGCUUUAAAUAUUGUGGAGAGCAGAUGAUGUGGCAUAUUCUUCGACCACGUCGGCCAUUAUUUUCAUUAUCAAUAAUCCGAGUGUAGCAAAUUCGCCAUAGAGAACCUAGAUUGUAUCAUCAAUUCUUUUUUUUUUGUUUUAAUAGAUAUGGAAAUUACCGAAUAGAGAUUAUUGAAUGUGUUGCUUAAAGUACAACUGUCCAUAGUUUUUCCUGCACAAUCUGCGACAGAAAGAAAACUACUUUGGCUGGAUUCCACACUAGAAUUUGGUCAACGUAAACUUUUAUAAUGUAAAGUACGGUACGAUAUCGAUGGGGCGCUGAGCGGAGAAAUGAUAAAAAUGAUUAUUACAUGCUAUUAUGUAUUGUUAUGAAAAUAUAUUGAUAUUGAAUGAGUGUCAUUACAAAAGUCGACAAAAAAAGAAA